CAGCGGUCCUAAGAGAUGGGCCCGAGAGAAGUCACCGGUCACGGGAGGGGCACUUUCGAGCUUCGGCUAAAUGCCAGGCUCUGGAUGCACUGCCUGACUCCAGCGGCGCUGCUUCGGGCCGCACGUGCAGGGCACCCUGGUGGCCGGAGCCUCCACAGCAGCACAGUGGCAGCGACCUACAAGUUUGUGAACAUGCAGGAGCCCUCGAUGGACAUGAAGUCAGUCACCGACCGGGCGGCUCAGACCCUGCUGUGGACUGAGCUCAUCCGAGGCCUGGGCAUGACCCUGAGCUACCUGUUCCGGGAGCCGGCCACCAUCAACUACCCAUUCGAGAAGGGCCCGCUGAGCCCGCGCUUUCGGGGGGAACACGCGCUGCGCCGCUACCCGUCCGGAGAGGAGCGCUGUAUCGCUUGCAAGCUGUGUGAGGCCGUCUGCCCCGCGCAGGCCAUCACCAUCGAGGCCGAGCCGCGGGCCGACGGCAGCCGCCGCACCACGCGCUACGACAUCGACAUGACCAAGUGCAUCUACUGCGGCUUCUGCCAGGAGGCUUGCCCCGUGGACGCCAUCGUCGAGGGCCCCAACUUCGAGUUCUCCACGGAGACGCACGAGGAGCUGCUGUACAACAAGGAGAAGCUGCUCAACAACGGGGACAAGUGGGAGGCCGAGAUCGCCGCCAACAUCCAGGCCGACUACCUGUACCGCUGAGGCCCCGCCCCGCGGCCCCGCCCCUCGCCCGCGGCCCAAUAAAAGAGCUCUGCCCGCC